AUGAUCACCGUCACGGAGGCUGCGUCCCUCGGUGCGUCGCAGGCCCACUUUAAGGCUUUGAAGCCUUGGUGGGAUGUCCUCAUGGAUUCCCUCCUCGUCAUUAUGCUCAUGGUCUCCUUCUUCUCUGCAACACUUCUUAUAACUACGGACAAAGUGGUCUGCAUGCCAAAGUCUACAACUCCAAACAUAAACAAAUCGGGUGGCAUGGAUGAUGUCUUAAUUUCACCAACAACUCCCAAGCAACCUGGUCACUUGACAAAUCUGGACUACCAACAGUACAUGUAUGUCAGUGUAGUAUGCUACCAUAAAGUGGUACCUUGGCAGUCCAAAUAUUUUCCCUACCUGACACUCAUCAAUAGUUUGCUUCUUCUGGUCAGCAGCAACUUCUGGUUUAAGUAUCCCAAGACAUCCUCCAAAGUUGAUCAUUUCCUUUCCAUCUUGGCCAAGUGCUUUGAAUCUCCCUGGACUACCAAGGCCCUUGCAGAGACCGGUGACCAACCCCCUCCUGAGCCUGUUCGUCUGAAAUCCAGCUGUUCCCGUUCUGUGGAAUAUUCUACCAGAACCCCGCUCAUAAAAGAAUUUCCAUUUUCUCCCAUACAGCAACCUGUCUCUACCAUCCUUGACAAAAAGGAAGAGCAGCAAGCGAAAGCCUUAUUUGAGAGGAUACGUCAUUUUCGGGCUCAUGCUGAGGACUCUGAUGUCGUAUAUAGAGUUUACGUAGGACAGACGGUCACAAAAGUAGUUAAAGUAACAAUCGUGCUCGGAUAUGCAUUUAGCCUGGUGGGAUCCUUCAGCUUCCAACACAUAUGCAAACCUGGAAUACAGAAUCUCAUGGGAUACUCUGAAUUCACCUGCACCCAUAACCUGGCCUACAUCCUUGAGAAACUUUUAUUAACUUACAUUCUCCUUGUAUGCCUGUAUGCUUUCUUGUCAGUUUUUGCCUUGAUUUGGCUCUUCACACAUCCUCUUAAAGUCUACUCUUUUGAAAAAAAUAAUGAGGGCAACGUAUUUGGAGACAUUUCAGAUGUGAAAAAUGACUUUGCCUUUAUGUUGCACAUGGUGGACCGCUAUGACACCUUAUAUUCCAAGAGGUUUUCAGUGUUCCUGUCUGCUGUGAGCGAAGGGAGGCUGAGGGAGCUUGCAGUGAAUUCAGAGUGGACACAGGAGAAGCUUAAGGAGCAGAUGAAAAAAGACAGCAAAGGACGCUGUGAGCUGCAUCUUUCCAUGAUCCCAUCAAUUCCAGUAGCUCUCUAUGACCUAAGCGAAAUUGAAGUCCUCAAGCUAGAACUAAUCACUUCUGCAAAAAUCUUAGGAACUGUAUCAAAUCUAAGGUCUCUGUCUGAAAUUCACCUGUUGCACUGCCCUGCCAAAGUAGAUACAGAUGCAUACCGUUUCCUUCAGGAAUGCCUCAAAGUUCUCCACGUUUGGUUCACUGACCUUGAGGAGCUCCCUAACUGGGUUUACUCCAUGAAGAACCUUCAAGAACUACAUCUUUCUGGCAACCUUAACCCUUCUAACAACAAAUCCAUUAGGCUGCAGACUUUACGAGGUCUCACUGACCUUCGAGUCCUCUCCCUAACAAGUAAUCUUUCCUACCUGCCACCUCAAAUCUGGAAUUUAGCAGGACAACUUCAUCAACUAAGAAUUCAUAAUGGAGGAACCGUGCUUUGCUCACUUGGCCAGCUGAAAAAAAUGAGCCAUCUUACAGAUCUUGAGCUCCAGCACUGUCAGAUAAUGAAAAUCCCGGCAGCACUGCCUAGCCUAACCAACCUUCAAAGCUUGGAUUUGACAUCUAAUUUGCUGCAGAGUGUGGAAGAACUGGGAAACCAGCAUCGACUCAGGAGCCUAAGAACACUGAGACUGUGCCAUAAUGACAUUAAUAGCCUCCAUCCAUCCAUUGAGAAUCUUUACAAUCUAGAGGAAUUCUCUGUGUCCCACAACAAGCUAGAGACUCUGCCUGCGACUGUUUUCAACCUGGUCAAACUGAGACACUUUGACAUUAGUAAUAAUCGCAUCAGAGUUAUCCCUCCACAGGUUGGAUACUUGUCACGCUUGGAAUUAUUGGCAGUUACCGACAACCAUAUCUCGUCCCUGCCGGUAGAGCUGUUCCGCUGCACUAGGCUCCGCUCUCUUAAAGUGGGCCGUAACAAACUUUCCAGCAUCCCCCCAGAGGUCAAACAACUGACUCUUCUGUCAAAUUUGGAAUUGAGUGGCAAUAACCUGACCACCUUACCAGUAGAGAUCGCCUGCUGCUCGAUGCUGAAGAAAAGGGGUCUGGAUGUAGAGGAAAGUGUAUUGGACACAUUGCCUUUAGAACUGAGGAGUAAAUUUUUAUGAGUAUAUUUCAUAACUGGUAACUGUCCACAUAGUAUGUCCUAUU